GCCGUCACGUGAGGGGCCCGCCGGUCACGUGAGCCCGCCCUCGCGACAGAAGCCGGCGGACGACCUGGACAUGAGCACGCAGCCCCCCCCGGCCCUGCCCUGGGCACUGGCCCUUCUGCUGGCGCUGCAGCUGCGCAGCCUGGCGGCGGCGGCCCACAGCCCCCCAGAGCCCGGCUUUCGGGAGGCCUACUUCGAGCAGCUCCUGGAUCAUUUCAACUUCGAGAGGUUUGGAAACAAGACCUUUCGCCAGAGAUUCCUGGUGUCAGACAAGUUCUGGAAGAAGGGCGAGGGGCCUUUGUUCUUCUACACGGGCAACGAGGGGGACGUGUGGUCCUUCGCCAACAACUCGGGGUUCAUCCUGGAGCUGGCGGAGCAGCAGGCGGCCCUGGUCGUCUUUGCCGAGCACAGGUACUAUGGGAAGUCGCUCCCAUUCGGUGAGCGGUCCACGUGGCGCGGCUACACGGAGCUGCUGACGGUGGAGCAGGCCCUGGCUGACUUCGCGAGGCUGCUCCGGGCACUGCGGCAGGACCUUGGGGCCCAGGAUGCCCCCGCCAUCGCCUUUGGUGGAAGCUACGGGGGAAUGCUCAGCGCCUACCUGAGGAUGAAGUACCCCCAUCUGGUGGCGGGGGCACUGGCGGCCAGCGCGCCUGUUGUCUCCGUGGCAGGCCUUGGGGACCCCUACCAGUUCUUCCGGGACGUCUCAGCAGACUUUGAGGGCCAGGGUCCCGAGUGUGCCCAGGGCGUGCGGGAUGCCUUCCGGCAGAUCAAGGACCUGUUCCUACAGGGAGCCUAUGACAGGGUCAGCCAGGAGUUCGGCACCUGCCAGCCGCUCUCGGGCCAGAAGGACCUGACCCAGCUCUUUGGCUUUGCCCGGAAUGCCUUCACCCUGCUGGCCAUGAUGGAUUACCCGUACCCCACCGACUUCGUGGCGCACCUUCCUGCCAACCCCGUCCAGGUGGGCUGUGACCGGCUGCUGAGCAAGAGCCAGAGGAUCAAGGGGCUCCGAGAGCUGACGGGGCUGGUGUACAACUCCUCUGGCACGAAGCCCUGCUAUGACAUCUAUGCGCAGUACCAGGCCUGUGCAGACCCCACAGGCUGUGGCUCAGGUCCCAAUGCCAAGGCCUGGGACUACCAGGCCUGCACUGAGAUCAACCUGACUUUUUCCAGCAACAAUGUAUCGGACAUCUUCCCUGACCUGCCUUUCACGGAAACCCUCCGCCAGCAGUACUGCCUGGACACGUGGGGCGUGUGGCCCCGGCAGGACUGGCUGCAGACCAGCUUUGGGGGGGGCGAACUCACAGCUGCCAGCAACAUCAUCUUCUCCAAUGGUGACCUGGACCCCUGGGCAAGGGGUGGGAUCCAGAGCAACCUGAGUGCCUCAGUCCUCGCCAUCACCAUCCAUGGGGGGGCACAUCACCUGGACCUCAGGGCGUCCCACCCAGCAGACCCCACAUCCGUCGUGGAGGCUCGCAGGUUGGAGGCCACCCUCAUCGGCAAGUGGGUUGAGGCGUCCAGGCGUGAGCAGCGGCUGAGGCUGGCACAGCACCCAGAGCACAGAGGCUGAGGAUGCUCCCCUGGCAGGAGUGGAGGACUUGCUGGGCUCCUUGCACAGUCAAGGGGAGGAGCCAAGACCCAGCUCCCUGAACCCAGAGCCCCCCCCCCCGGCCCCCAGUGUGGGCAGGGCCUUGCCCAAGGGAGAGGUCAAACAACUGGUGACCUGGCAGGGGCGUCCUGGCCCGUGUCUGGUCCCAGCUGAAGCCUGGGACACCAUGAACCCACUCACACAACUUCCACUAUUCAGCUCUUGAAUAAAGCAGACUCGGCUCCA